AUGGCGAGCGUGGCAGCCGGCCAGUCUCUGUCACGGGGGUUGGUGCCGCCUCCUCCGCCUCAGCCGCACAUAUCUGGCGUGCCGGCAGCUAGCCGAGAAUCUCCUUCGCUGCCUCGACCACCUCCACCAGAGCCUCGAGCACCACCACCACCACCACCCACGCCACCACCCGGACCACCAUCAGCGGCCGCUUCUGCAGUGCCGCCGCCUCCACCACUGCCACCAGAGCAGUCGCAGCCAACGCUUCGCUUGGAGACAGGCGGAAAUGAGAAGUCCCAGUCGACAGUGGAUUGCAAAGGGGCUGUCCGCGGCAUCUUACAGCGUAUGUGCGGCUCCAUGAGACGUCGUGGAGUUGCUCCUCUCCAGGUUUUCAGGAGCUUGGAUGCCACCAGACGCGGCUGGCUCGGCCCCAGACAGGUCGCGCGAAUGGCAUGGGCCAUGGAGCCGCAGCUGGGCUUUCAGGAACUGGCUUUGCUGUUCCAGUGUUUGGGCGGCAAAGACGGGCGCAUCGCCCCAGUGGACUUCUGCAGAGCUUUCCAAGCAGUGGAUGCGGACGUGCCAGCAUCCUCAACACAAGGAAGGGCGCCUGUGAAUGCGGGACCUGCGUUCUCACCAUCCAGGCGUGGGGACGGCCCUACUGCACAGCUCUCACCGCAGAAGGAGGACCUUCGUGCUGCUUUGCGCGGCGGGUUUCGCCCGGGGUUCAACCUCCGGGCUCGGCAAGAUGCCAAGCGAAACUUGACGUCGAGCCGAGAGACAAGGACGAUCCAGCCUCUGCGGGGCAUUCGAAGUCUGGGCUUGGAAGCUGAUGCUGCUGCCGCCCUCGAGGACUUCGUCAGAAGACACAAAAGCGAGCCCCAGAGGAGCCCGGCCGCUGCAGGUCGACAGGAAAUCGUGCCCUCGCCAAGAAAACCUAUUGCGAGCCCAGCAGAAGCGCCGAAGCCAGCAGCGACGGCAGCGAGCUACAGCAGUGAGGAUUUCGACGGCGAACGUUCCGACGGAGCCUACAGUGAUAGCUUCCAAAAUGAUUACGACAGCCAGAGCUCUGGAAUUUGCCACAGCGACAUCACUAGCAUUGUUGUGGCGGCUGCAGCAGUUCGCAGAGAUGUGAAGCAGCUCUUGAAGCCUUGCUUCAAUGAGAUGGGGAGGAAGCAGUUGAACUCCUGCGAGGAGCAGCUCUGGAGGCGGACGCGGCUUCAGAGACACUGCACCAAAGUGGCUGAAAUGGAGGUCAUACUUUGCCGAAAUCCUGGCGACGUCGACGACAGAUGGGACCGCUAUUGUGCUGUCAGACGUGUGGGCAAGGCCACCUAUGUGAAGGGGAGUCGGAAGGAUGUCGGAGUUCCAUCAUGGUCCGAGGAGGUGAGGGUCCUUCCACAUGGCGAUGAAGGCCAUGUGGUUGCUUCUGGCUGCCUGCCUGAGUCUAUGUUCAGCCCAGACACAGUAUUUCGAAGUGCUCCAGUACCGUGGUCCUUCUCAAUGUACCAGAUGUCAAUGUGUUGUUUGAACCAGAACAGUGAUCUUUGUCGAGAGCUUCGGGAAGGAUUCUUCCUACGAGAAAAGGGCUGCCAGGACGGCAAAAUCUGCACAAACUGUGCAUAUGGGAAUGGCACAGCCCCGACGACUUGUCAGUGCGAGAAUCCGCCAUUCUCCGUCCCGGCCCAGUACAACGAGGAAUGCGGCAUGGGGAAGGAGUGUGCUGAGGGGCAAGGCAUCUGCUUUCGACCCUGCAUGACCUUCCUUCACAUCACUUCUUGUCCCACGGACUAUUGCCAGUGGAACACGCUGACCUUGCUAUGUGAGGACAGGGCUCUCGAUGCGCCAACGGUGUAUUGGAGGGACAGCGCAGGUACGACGGUGCCGGAGAUAGCAACAGAAGUGAUUCAGCGGACAGAGCCUGCUGAUGCAUACUUUCCAAUGAGCUUUGCGGCUUUCCGCAAAAGCGGAGAAGGAUUUCGAAUCGAAGGUGUCCAGAUUGAGAACAUCACCCAGCCGGAAGCCCUCUUCUUGCAGCUUGACACGAACAUCGAUGGUGUGUUGAGCUCUGCAGAGUUCGCUCGCAUCGGAGAGAUCUUUUUGUCUCUGAGAAAUGCGGUCAGAGAGACACGUGACGCACAGGAUGCGGCGCGACGACUCCAGUCGGUGCCCAGGCAGCAGGUCACCCCUGAGGUGUGCAACGCAAGAAAUCCACGACAGUACUACUGCAGCUUUGACUCGGACUGCAAGGAGGACUGCAAGGCAUGCGGAUGGAAGAGUGCCACAGAUCGUGCCUUUUCCAUUUGCGUGCAGCCUUCUGCAGAGGUCUGCCACGCAGACGGUAACCAGGUCUUCUGUCCGUCGGACGAGAUGUGUCAUCCGCCUGGAGACUGCAGCAACUGCGUCGACAGGACGAUUGCGGACCAUGCUCAGCACGUGUGCCUGGCACUGUGGUGGGAUCCACAGCCGCUGACGCAGUGGACAAACUGGGUGUGCCGCUGGCGCAACAAGGUCGGCAUGCCUUGUGCGAAUGACCAGGACUGCAUCUAUGGCAUGCGAAGAUGCUUAGAUGGCGCUUGCAUGCCCUUCCAGCCGUACAAUGCCAAUCAGACUUGCGAGAGCGAUUUCGACUGCCCUCAUCUUGGCUUUUACUGCCCGUCCGACCCGACCGGCGGACAAAAUCCAUACUGGGUUCAGUACUGCAGAGCCCAGCGUGAAGAGGACAUGACUUGCUCAGAAGACCGAGAAUGUCAGCCCGGGAUGCGCUGCAACGUGGGUGAACCACAGCCUCGCUGCCGCCGACUUUUCUCGCUUCCAAUAGGCGCACUGGCGGCCGAGGACGUCUUUUGCCAAUUUGGCUGGAGGGACAGGGAUGGCAAAUGUGCUCCGCCGGCACAGUCCAAGCAGGCUGGCAGAAGCUGUGACACCGACCUCGACUGUGAAACAACAGACGAGACAGGAAGGAUGGGCAGCUGCACCUGCAAGGCGUGGUGGGACAAAGAUGAUCCCAAGUAUUGCAUGCCUGUGGCGGGAGACUAUUCGCGGCAUCAGGAAGCAUUGAGGAACUACCUCUGGUUCAGGGCAGAGAACUGUGGGAAUUUCUGGACUGAGCAAGAAUGCUUGCGCAUCUUCGGCAACGAGGCCAUGAGACUCAAGCUUGCUGUGGAGUGCGAGACACAACAGCUCUCCGGAGGCCCGUAUGGCCCGCCUGAGGAGUGUGGUAUUGUGGAUGACGAGCGAUUCGGAGACAGAUGUGCCAUGAUGGAUGCAUUGGGGUGA